AUGGACGCCGUCGCGAAACCCUCUCACAACGCCAGGCGACACAAGCCCUCCGCCUCCCUGGGCUCCUUGUACGAAGUCCUCGCCGACCUCGACGACAACCAGCUCCAGUACCUCAUCCAGGAGAUGAACCACACUGGUCACCAAAACGUUCCCGUGUCCCAGGCCGUCUCGACGUUCGAGGCCCUGAAAUCAUCUUCCUCCCCCGUUGAGCCCUUUGCUGUCUCCGAGACGGGCCUCCACGCGCCCGCGCCCGACUCGCCGGCUCGGGAUCCUCUGCGUAAUCUAUCAAAGUCGCGGCGGGGAAGGCUCUCUCUGCAGACGGCCUUUCAGAGGGCCCCGUCCUUGAAGCAUAGGCAGCGCCAGCAGCAGCAGCAGCAGCAGCAGCAGCCAAGUUUGGACAGCCCAAAAGAUGACUAUCUCUUCCGCAGCAGCACGUUUUCCCAAGGCCCCGAACCAGCUCACAGUCACCGGCCCGCCAAAGGGUACGGUGAAUUGCUCUCAAGUCCCGUCAGCAGCUGCUCCUCACCGGCCGGCGGCCCCGUUAUCAUGAGCGGGCUGCCCGAACCGGCAACGGUUACGCGGCCCACGCGGUAUGAGGAGAUCGAGCAUCAUCAUAUCUUCAUCAUCAACCGACACUACCGCCGCCACCGCAGCCUCAAGCUCAACAGCGUCGGCCGUCUACCAACGGAGCCCGAGUGGGACCACCAGCUUACCACCGAAUCCCUCGGCCAGAUUUCAACCUUCCUGAUGACGCCCAACUUGCAUGGUCGCUCGCCUCUGCGGAGGUCCUCUUCAAGGCUAGACCUUGCCCUCGGUGCAGAGCGAUCGGCUUCCGGGGCCGCCGAGAUCGGAAUGGGUAUGCUCGAACCCAGACAGCUGAGAUCAGUCUCGCUCGGUUUCCCGGGCGGGGGUAUGGCCACCACCAUGUCCAUGGACUCGUUGAGCCGGAGUCUGAAGGGCGAGACACGGCCUCCCGCGCCAGCGCCAGUCUUUGAAGGAAUCUUUGACGUUUUGGAGAACCAGUAG